AUGUCGUCGUCCUCAGCAAAGUCGCUUCCCACGUUCCGCGAGCCCUUCACCAUCGACGUCGUCAACCGCUUCCUCGACAAGAUCCCCUUUUCCGCCCCCUUCCUCCUCCUCCUCCCCGCCCUCACCUACCUCUACGACCAGCACUCGCGCAACCUCCCGCUCACCCUGGUGCCUGCCUCGGACCAGCUGCUGCCGCGCCUCCGCUCCCUCCUCUUCACCGAGUACCGGUGGGUCGGCUACGCCUGGGUCUUUACCCUGGUCAAGACCGUCAACCGCACCCUCAACCGCUACGUCCGCAACCACGGCCAGUACCGCCGCGACCCCAUCCGCUACGACCGCGAUGUCAUCGUCAUCACCGGCGGCUCUGCGGGCAUCGGCAAGGAGAUUGUCCAGCUCCUCUCGCACCGCAAGGGCGCCACCGUCGCCGUGCUCGACAUGGGCGCGCCCACCUACCUCGCCGCGCCGAAGGGAAAGCCAGAGAUCCUUUACUUUAAGACGGACGUCUCCAACCCGGACCAGGUGGCCGAGGCGGCCCGCCAGAUCCGCCAACGGACGGGCAAAAAGGUGGGCGCCCUGAUCAACUGCGCCGGCAUCGCCAGCGGCAACACGAUCCUCGACGUCGACCUGGCCAGCGCGGCGCGCGUGUGGCGCGUCAACACGCUCUCCAACUGGGUCACCUGCCAGCAGUUCCUGCCGGACCUCAUCGCCGCCAACCACGGCCACGUCGUCACGGUGUCGUCGUCGGGCGCCUACGCCUCGCUCCCCUCGAUGAGCGAGUACGCGACGAGCAAGGCGGCCGCCCUCGCCUUCCACGAGGUCCUCUCGAUCGAGCUCCGGACCCGCUACUCUGCCCCGCGCGUCCGCACCACCCUCGUCGCCCCCACCAAGGUCCGCACCGCCCUCGGAGACGGAAUGGAGGACCACACCGACCCCUUUUUCACCCCCGUCCUCGAACCGGUCCAGGUGGCCCGCCAGAUUGUCGGCGCCCUCGACUCGGGCCUCAGCCAGCACAUCAUGACCCCGCACUUUGCCAACCUCCUCCCCUGGCUCCGCGCCCUCCCCGACUGGUACCGCCGCUUCCUCGCCAUCGUCGGCGACACCGACAACACCGUCACGCAAAAGUCCAUGUCGCGCGCCCUCAGCAACGGCUACGGCGCCAACUGGGAGGGCGAGGACAAGGCCCUCUACGAGAAGCGGAGGCUCGCCCACCAGCAGCAGGCCACCAAGAAGUAG